UCGCCAUGUUUCUCCCCUUCAUCAUUUCAGUCUCGUUCUUUCUUUGAAUAUUAACUCCUUUUUUAUUCUAUCUACAGUUCUGUGAGCUAUUUAGUUCUUGACGUUCUUUAUUGGACAUUCUUUCGCAUAUACCGCCAGCCGGUUUAGACUCUUUCACUUCUCGACUCAUAUAUUCGGUGCUAUUGUAUAUUUUCCCAUUCCGAUAUCAACGAUACAAUCCAAAAUGUAUUCCAAGGCCACUCUCAUCUCCGCUAUCUUGGCUGUUGCCGAGGCCCGUUUCGCCCAGGAACAGGUCCCCGUCGCCGACGUCCAGGCUUUGACCAACUUUGGCAACCCUGGCGAGGCCGGUACCCUUUCUGGUCAAGUUCCCGGCGUCCUCCUUGCCGCCGCUGAUCCUUGUGACAAGCUCUCCCUCGCUGAUCAGAUCGUUUCCACCCUUGGCGACGAUGCCCAAGUCAUCGCAGCGGCACAGAAGCUCGUCGCUGCCGAGCAAAACUUCAACCCCUUCGCCGUCAGUGUCCCUAACAUCUGCGGUGAUGCCUCCCUUCCCGCUACUGAGGCACUCCGAGGCAUUAUUCCUCUCGUCGAUCCCGAUGUUGUCGGCUCUGAUGUCGAGAACGCCAACUCUGCGAGCUCGCUCCAAUCUCCCUUUGACGCUAGCGGUCUCAGUGUGGCCGAUAUCAUGAUUGCUCAAGGCUUCUCCAACUUUACCGUCAACGGCGCCGCGGCGGGUGGUGGCGCCAAUGCCGGCGAUAACAAUGCCGGUAAUGGAAAUGCCAACAACGGUAACAAUAACGCCGGUGAUAAUGCCAACAACGGUAACAACAAUGCCACCCCACCCGCCUUCAACUGUGGCAACAAUAACAACCAGAAUAACGGCAACAACCAGAAUAACAACGGCAACAACCAGAAUAACAACGGCAACAACCAGAACAACAAUGGUAACAACCAGAACAAUAAUGGCAACAAUGCGGGUGCAGGCAAUAACGCAGGUGGCGCAGCCGCUGGCGCCGGCGCCGUUUCCGACCCUGUGACCGGAACCUUCGCCGGCUUCCAGCAAUCGUCUCUCGGUCUCGACUUCGGCACUUGCACGCCGACGGUCAAAUUUGAGGAGUCUCUCAACGGGCGCAAGGCUGGCGAGUUCACGUUCCAGGCCCAGGACCCCGUCGUCAACAAGGGCCAACAGGAGGCAUUGAACCCCGCCAUCAUCUUCAACCGCAUCUGCGACCAGCUGGGCAACGUCUGCGGCGCCGCGGACGACGCCGUCGCUGCUUGCGAGGCUGCUCAGGCCGACCUCGGCAGCGCCGCCAAGGACCAGACAACGGCCGAUGCAUGGAACACUGCUCUUGGCUUCGCCGGCGCUGAUAUCAACCCUGACAAUGCUCCUCAGGAGGGUCUCGUUGGACACACCUAAAUAGCCCAAUCCUGAUAAUUGCUAACGGGGAAGUUGGACGGGUCGGAAGGGACGAUGAUAUGGAGGAUCUGAUGAUAAAUUGUAAAAGUAGAUAGUUGGGCGAUGGCUGACUAUCAUUGUGGGCCGCAAGUACAUACCUAUAGCGAAGGGCGUUUCGGCUUUGAAUAUGAGAUAUGACAAUACAUUUCUUGAGACUUGGAUUACGACACACGAACUUCAAGCCCGUGAUGGAGGAGUAGUAACUCGUUAAAGUGAUUCGUGAUGAAUCUAGCCCUAUAACUCUGACCGAGUACUAUAUCGCAUUAUAGGUAGCGCAGACUCAGUGACGGUAUCGAGUCACG